GCCGAUUAGUCUUGAGUCGCUUUCUCGCUUUCUCGUUCUUUAAAUGGCUCUCGUUACGCCCUUGAAAAAGGGGCGGACCCCAAACCCUCCCCCCCUUUGCAAGGAAUAGUGCCGCGCCGGCUAGUUGCUAAGCAGUUCAGCAAGUCUUACUACCCGUGUUCAAGAUACUAGGCCCUUCAUUCAACUCCCCUCUCGGAUCCGGCCCUGCUCACCCUAUAGCCCCCCUCCAAUGGCGAAUACUACCGGUCCUAUCCAAGUCGGCGGACUGCGCACUAGACAUGCCAACAUAACGUACUCGGAUCAAAGGCGGAAGGCCUUCAGAGACUACCAGAGAAAAUUGGAGCAGCUUCAAGAAGUAUUAGAAAAAUGUGCGACUAACGUCAGAAAGAUCACUGUAGCUGUGAUUUUGGCCGAUGGGAUCGGGAAACUUCAGCGCCAGUUACACAGUGCUUCGGAUGUCAUGCGAAGGACCAUUUGUCCGCUUUGGGGCGAAGCGACACCUUCAGAGGCGAAAGACGGUCAAGAUCUGUCCGACUCUCUUCCAGAAAAAUUUAAGACGCUAGCGCAGCUCCUCGAAAAAUUCGAUUCGGGUUUAAAAAUUCUGCCAGGUUUCAAUCAAGUUCAGUACCACAUUGUGGAGGAGGUGCAUCGAUCGCUCCUAGACUUCAAGCAAGAUCUGUUAUAUUGGAAUAUCAAUUUACUCCAGUUCUCUGGGAAUUUUUAUAGAAAUGCUUCCCGUCACCACAUAUCCACGAUAGCGGACCACAUGUCAAAUCAUUUGGGCGACAUCACAAAGGCGCUCGAGGAAUUCCUUGGUCACGGCCUGUACACGAUAAGGUAUUACGAACGACGUCCAACAUUCGAAAAUCUGUCAACAGUUGCCACCCUCUUUGCUGGGGUGUCUGCAUCCACCAUCCAGCUCAGUUACGACGGCAAUAAGAAGAGAUUGUUCGAAGCUGUCCAAUUUUUGUGGAUAUUUUCACUUUGCCUCUCUAUCGCUAGUGCUAUCAGCAGUCAAGUCAGCUAUCGAUGGUCUUCAGCUGUAUAUAUAAAGUCGGACCUGACACCCCCAUGGUUGGUUUCAGCAUGGAUCGUGACCGCCCCUUUUACAUUCCUAGUGAUAUCGGUGGGAUCGUUCGCCAUAGGCAUCGCCCUCUUCACAUUCUUGAAGUUUGGGGAUGCUGAAUACAUCCGCGUUUGCGUAACCGCUGCUUUGGUGAUAUGGACCAUUGGAUCACUCCUUGUGUACAUGUGGUUUUUUAUCGACCUUAGAGUCAUCAAGCCGAAGAAAAAGAAGUGGGUCGGGACGGAUGACAUAGAAAAGAUUCCUAAAACCCCUGUAACCAAUCAAUCUCUUCCCUCUCUUCCCCCGGGACAGCCGAUCAAACGCGAACCCGUACUCAACCCCGACACGGAUGCACCGCAAAACCCCAGACUCGUUGUCAGAAAGACCCUCGAAGCCUCUCAAUGGACGGAUAUCAUCCCCCUCCUGUGGGAAUUGGAUAUUACGCCUUCAGAAUACAGGCGGGCUACUUCAAAUUUCCGCAGGCUUGUCAUGCGUGUGGUCGAGAGCAAUCGCACACCUGAUCUCGUCUACAAUUAUGCCCAAAUUAGGCAGAACAGCAAGCAGGAGAGGAUAAGUAGAACAAAGGGUGUGGCCACUCUAUUGGAAUCGCAGGCCGACGAAUGGACUGGAAUGCACCUCUCGGCUGUACACGAUAUCAAGUUUAGUGCUGACGGUGACUACCUGGCAACCUGUUCGCAGGACCAAAAAGUAAUGGUCUGGGCCAUGCGUCCGGAGGUCAAGACCCACUUUUCAUUCCGGUGCGAUCCAAACACGCAGCCGCAUCGCCUUUCUUGGCACCCCAAGCAUCUUUUAUUGGCGGUGAUGCCAGUCAGAAGUGCUGACCUGGUGAUCUGUGAUCUUUCGGGUGCUGGUAAACCCACCGUCAGUUCCUGUCCGGCUAAGCAAGGGCCAGUGAAGGCUGUUACGUGGAUGCCGAACAAAGAAAGCCUCGUUUAUACAGAGGGCCAUCAUGUUCGGUGUUUCAAUCGCGACGGUGAAGAAUGGAAUAUUGACCUCACAUAUUCACUUGACGAAGUCGCUGUUACCCCGGACGGAACUAAGCUUGUUGUAGUUGGCACAGUAGAUUCCGUGGAGGUUGAUGGAAAGCAAUUGAAGCCAUCAAAGUUCCCUCCUGAGCGAAGGAUCAUCUUGAUCGAGAUAGAUGGACGAGCGAAAAUUUUCGAGACGCCGACCCUCAAUCAAGUUCGCGGGUUGGAUGUGUCUUUUUCUGGAGCCCUAUUGCUCGUCACGUAUGAAGGGAAGGCAUUUCCGCAAUUGUUCCGCAUUCACUCGACAUGGUUGGUCCUUCUUCAAACGUACUGUCCGCCCAAUGAAGAAGUGGAAUACUCAGGUUGUAGCCAGCUUGGCAUCCGUGGCUGGGCAUCUGGAGUAGACGGGUUGCGCAUAGAUGAGUGUGCUGUGAUGUGUGCCGACAAAAAAGGCUUUAUUUUUAUUUGUGACCGCGGAUCAUCUGAUCUUGUACACACAUUGAGAGUACCCCUUGGCCGCGCCUCUCACCUGACUGGGUUUGCAUGGAAUCACGAGCAUCCAACCAUUGCAGCUUCCUCAGCUAACGGGACCAUCUGGUUUUACAACCCCUACGGUUCGGGCAUAAGGGAUUAGUGUAGAUUUUUAUUGCAUCUCAGGCUUCUCGCAACCUCUAGGUUCGAUGCAUCUAGCACUGACACGAUGGCUAGGAACCGUAUAUGCUCAGGAAAGG